GAAAUUCCCAAGAUAAUCAAGGCUGUGAUAUGUGAGGACCAGGAGACCUCAAAAAUGGCACUGCUACAUAUAUGUUCCUGUCUGAAAGAAGCCCGCAAAGUAUUUGAGGAAAUCCGCAAAUAUGUGGAUGCCAAUCAAUUUUUCAAUGUUCUACGCAUAUAUUUGUCUGGCUGGCAAGGCAAUCCCAAGCUGUCAGAUGGUCUGCUGUAUGAAGGGGUUUGGGACACCCCCAAAAAGUUUGCAGGGGGAAGUGCAGCCCAAAGCAGCAUCUUUCAGAGCCUUGAUAUCCUUCUGGGGGUAGAGCAGAGUGCCAGUGGAGAAUCUGCUGAUAAGUUCCUCCAGGAAAUGAGAACAUAUAUGCCACCAGCUCACCAGGCCUUCUUGCACAACUUAGAGAAUUGCCCAUCACUCCGAAAGUUCGUCAUCUCAAGCCACAAUGCUGACUUGCAAGAAGCAUAUAAUAGCUGUGUACAAGCUCUGGUCUCCCUGAGGAGUUAUCAUCUGACCAUAGUUGAGAAGUAUAUUCUAACUCCUGCACGUGAUCAGGCCAAGAAAGGCAAUGCAUCCAAGGAGUCACCAGACUCAGAAAGCAGAGGGACAGGAGGCACUGACCUCAAGAAUUUCCUAAUGGCUGUGAGAAAUACAACCCAGAAAGCCUUACUGAAGGAAGAUUAAUGUAAUCCUAGCAUGAGUAUAUUUAGGAGUGGGGUGUGGCUCAAGAGGUAGAGCACCAAGAAAACAUGAGUUCAAAUCCCAAAAAUCAAAAAAAAGUUUGCUCAUUGCACAGAAUUCUUUUCAUUGAUCAUUGGAGCAGACACAUGAAUUAUCAGUUGCUAACUUCUGACUUCAUGUAAGAAAAUAAUAAAAAUUAUCUUUAUGAACAGAUUGAAAAUUAAUAUAAAAAUAUAAUGAU